AUGGUUUUUCAACCAUUUCUCAUUCAAAAUGCAACCGCAAAAGAUGUGUGUGGGUAUGUGAAUAUUUUGUUUGGUUCGACUGAAGAGCAAAACCGGUUUGCCUUGAAGAUAAUCGUCACUGAUAUCCACAAAAUUGCCAAAGAAUUCAUAGCUAGCACUGCAGACCAACUUGCAGAAAAAACAUUUUCUAUUAACUAUCUUUCUAUAGAUGAUAAGCGGAUGAUUUCAGUGAUUUUGGCUAAAAUGAGGGAGAUCAAGCAAACUUUCCGCCCUGUUUUUUCCUCAAAAGUGGAAGAAGGAGAGGUAGAAAAUGUACACUUCAACUCUCAGACAAAUAUUCUCACAUUCUCUUACAAUGAAUUCCAAUACAAAUUUCCAUUAACAGACAUGUCUACCAAUGAUCAGCUAGAUUUAACUCGACAAAUGUAUUCUAAUCUCGAAAUGUUUUCUCUUUUGCAAUCAAACGCCAUGAACUCUUUGUCAAACCAAAUAAUAAAUAAAAAUCAAAUAAUUAAAAAAUUGGCAUACACAUACUGCCAAAAGAUGGAUCCUUUUGGAACGAGACCUGAAUCAGUUCAUGAUUUGUUAAAAAAUAAGCAUAUUUCUCAGAUUUUUGUGAGUCGAAAGCUUACAAGGUAUCUGGAAACAACGGUCUCAGAUGCUAUACAGCAAAGUUUCAAGUAUCGCCAAACUGCAGCAAAUGCGUCACUCGAGUUGGUAAAUCCGAAAUGGGAGAUGAUAUGGAGCGAAGCUGUUAAUGAGCAAGGGAAACAUUCAGGCAGUGAUCACACCAAGGAAAGCGAAACAGAAAAAGUUCAAAUAAAGGAUUUUGGUUCAGAAACUGAUAUAGAAGAGACUGAAGACAUCGCCCCAUCAAGUUCAACUCAACCAACCACUAAAAGAAAAUUACAAGGCUUAUUGCGAAGAAAUAAGAAGAGAAUGAAAACAACUUCGUCGAAUGAGUCCGUCACCUGA